AUGGAUCAAGAGAUGGAUGAAGAGUUGGAUUUAGAUUUGAGCUUAGCUCAAUAUGAUCCAUGGGUUAUAAAAAAGAAGUUAACCGCGACUGAUACUUUGUAUUAUGGUAAACUUUAUCUACCGCAACAAGGAAUGGAUUCUAUAACUGCGCAGAUGAGACAGCCUAUGAUCCAGCAAAUGAGAACAAUAGAAGAGCCGGUUCCAACGCAAGAGACCCCUGAAACAGCGAGGGCAAAGGCGCUGAGAGAAGAAGCUGUAAAAAAUGAUACGUUGGCAUUGCAAACUUCUGUGACGGAUCAGAUAUUCUCACGAAUUGCGGGAGCAACAACAUCAAAAGAGGCAUGGGAUGCAUUGAAGGCUGAGUAUCAAGGUUCUCCACAAGUUCGUUUGAUCAAACUUCAAGCAUGA